UUGGCGAGGCACUGACCCAAGGAGAUCUGCACAUCUUUACCGAGACGAGCAUCCCCGAAGCAGCCUCUUGGCCCCAAACCCACUUGGGCGACGACUACCCAUCCACACUAGUCUUCUUUCGGUAUCUUAGAUGUUGAACCAGUCAGGCACGGAUUGUGAGCUGUGGCUGAGGGAUGCCAGUGCGAAAGAUAAAAAACAAAACGUCAAUAUGUGUCUGAAGUAGCACAUAAAAGGACUCAAUUGUCCGCUGUCGAGAGGAGCAGUACACAACCAUCAGUUCUUUCUAUUCAUCUCGACCCAUUCAUUUUUUCGAACCUCUCCUACAACUUCCUCGUGCGCUACGACCCCCGAGAAAAAGCACUAUGGGAACCGUGAACUAUGCCGAUGGAAUAGCGAUUCUCCAGCUCAUCAUUUUCCCUUUCAUUCUCGCUGCGUCCCUUUUCAUCUGGAAACGGACCGGAUGGAGAGUUGGCGCUAAGAUCUGGCGAUACCCCUUCACCCUCUCUCUCAUUCGACUUGCUGGCAGUAUUGCGACAUUAAUUUCGAUCGAUCACGAUUCAAAGCAAGUCCGGAUUGCCAUGUUCGUGUGCCAGCUCAUUGGCAUUGCACCGCUGCUGCUGGCGUAUGUCGGCAUGCUGAGAUUAAUUGACUUGGAAAAGAAGAUUCCUCGUCGUCCCCUCCUAUUGGUGACUCUCAUGGCCCUGGUCGGGCUCAUCCUUGGGAUCGUUGGAGUCAGCACUGCCGAUACGACGAAUGGUUACACCCCAGGCACGCUCCCCAAAGCAGCCAUGGGUCUCUUUCUCGCCGUAUACGCCAUAGUCAUCCUCCUUACGGUUUGGCUAUUCUAUAUAUACUCCUUCUCCUUGCGGAAGUAUCAGAAGAUGUUGUUCCUUGGCAUUGCCCUGUCUGCUCCCUUCCUGUUGGUUCGGUUGAUCUACGCAGCCCUCGGCGAUUACAGCUCGAACACGACGUUUUCCAUGAUGUCAUUGGCCGAGAACAAUCACACCAGCCUCACUGCCUAUUUGUGCAUGGCGGUUCUGGAAGAGAUCAUCUCGAUGGUUAUUGCCAUGUUCUUUGGCGUAUUGGCUGUUCUGCAGGCAGACUAUGUGAAGCCGACUCCGGAAGUACACCAGGAGAUGAAGUAUGAGAAUGUGUGAGGAUUUAACGACAGUUAUAUGACAGGGUCAUUUGAAACCAAAUUCGGUUAUUACAAUUUCAAUUUAUAAUUUCCAUUUCAAGCAUGUUCCUCGUUUUGAUUUGUACAUUAGAUAUCCC